GCGGCGAUACGGACGAUGUGUUAUUGCCAGUGGACAUAAACAGGCAUUUUAUUCAAAAUUCAAAACCGAGUCAGAUACAUUCACACACUCAACCGUAUCGUGUGUUUAGUGACAGCGCGGCGAGCGUCGACGUCUUUUUUAAUUCACGCGUUUCUACGUUUUUUUCUCACAAAAUGUUCACGUUGUAGCUCGCUCGCUAACCGACCAGCUGGCUAACAGAGAGCAGUUACUAGCUAGCUAUCUAUCACAGCCAAGCCGCCGUGAAGUGGAUAAUGGGAGAAAAGCUGGAGCUAAAGCUCAAAUCGCCGGUUGGAGCAGAACCUGCUGGCUACCCAUGGCCGUUACCAGUAUACGAUAAACACCAUGAUGCUGCUCAUGAAAUCAUCGAGACCAUUCGGUGGGUGUGUGAGGAGAUCCCUGACCUCAAACUGGCCAUGGAAAACUACGUACUCAUUGACUAUGACACCAAGAGCUUCGAGAGUAUGCAGAGACUUUGUGACAAGUACAACAGGGCCAUCGACAGCAUUCACCAGCUGUGGAAGGGGACCACCCAGCCCAUGAAGCUAAACAAGCGUCCUUCCAACGGGCUGCUGAGACACAUCCUACAGCAGGUGUACAACCACUCAGUGACCGACCCGGAGAAGCUGAACAACUAUGAGCCCUUUUCCCCCGAGGUGUACGGAGAGACCUCUUUCGACCUGGUGGCUCAGAUCAUCGACGAGAUGGAAAUGAUGGAAGAUGACACCUUUGUUGACCUUGGCAGUGGAGUCGGGCAGGUAGUGCUGCAGGUUGCAGCAGCAACCAACUGUAAACACUACUACGGUGUAGAGAAAGCAGACAUUCCAGCUACCUAUGCAGAGUCCAUGGAUAAAGAGUUUAAAAAGUGGAUGAAAUGGUAUGGGAAGAAACAUGGGGAGUACACACUGGAGAGGGGGGACUUUCUGUCUGAAGAAUGGAAGGAAAGGAUCGCCAACACAAGUAUUAUUUUUGUGAAUAACUUUGCCUUUGGUCCAGAGGUAGAUCACCAGCUGAAGGAGCGCUUUGCUAACAUGAAGGAAGGUGGAAAAAUUGUAUCCUCCAAACCUUUUGCACCUUUAAAUUUUAGAAUAAACAGUCGAAACUUGAGCGAUAUUGGCACAAUAAUGCGUGUGGUGGAGCUUUCUCCACUGAGGGGCUCCGUGUCCUGGACUGGAAAGCCGGUGUCCUACUACCUGCAUACCAUAGAUCGCACUAUACUUGAAAACUAUUUUGCUAGUCUCAAAAAUCCUAAACUCAGGGAGGAACAAGAGGCAGCUAGGCGACGUCAGCAGAAGGAUACGAAGGACAGUAAAAGCAAUAGCACCACGCCCACAAAACCGAAAGAACAAAACAAGCAGGACUCCUGCAGUGAGGAAGAGCGUCCUACCUUGGUGACAGUGGUCAAGCCCUCUGCCAAACCCCGAAGAGCUCGGCUCUUGCCCAAAGCUCGCAAGCUGAACAACAAGAAGCGUGGUCGACCCAAGAAGGCCGCCCCGGCUGCUGAGAAGAAAAACAAGAAGAAUCAGAGCGCGUUGGAUCUGUUGCACGCCAAGACCCUUUCUGCAGCGCCCCCUCAGGAUGCAUACCGGCCACCUCCCUUCUACCAGCUACCUCCCAAGGUCCAGCACUAUUCCUCUAGUCAACUGCUUCUGAGCCCGACUCCUCCUGGUCUGCAGCAACUGCUAGAUAACAUCAAAGUUCAAUACCUCCAGUUUAUGUCCUACAUGAAGACCCCUCAGUACCGCUCCAACCUGCAGCAGCUUCUAGAACAGGAGAAGCAAAAACACAGGGACCUGUCAGGGCAGGCGGAGCAACUCCACUCUGUUUGUCAGACUCACAAGGACAAGAUCAAAGGUCUCUUUCAGACCAAACUAGAUGAGCUGGGAGUGAAAGCCUUGACUGUGGAGGACCUGCUGCAGGCCCAGAAGGAGAUAUCAGCCCACAAUCGUCAGCUGAAAGAGCAGACGAAGCAGCUUGAGAGAGAUAUGGCCUUGCUGAGAGACCACAGUCUGCUACUGCUGAAGUCUCGAUGUGAGGAGCUGAAGCUUGAUUGGGGCUCUUUGUGUCUGGAGAGUUUGCUGAAGGAGAAGCAGGCACUGCGCAGACAGAUCUCUGAGAAACAGAGACACUGCUUGGAGCUGCAGAUCAGUAUUGUGGAGCUGGAGAAAAGGCAAAAGCAGCAGGAGCUGUUCCACCUGAAGUACAGCCCCUGCGACGGCUCCCCGUACAGAAAGAGCCUGGAAUCACGCUCUUCCAAUGACAUGGACUCCUCUAAGCUCGGGCUGUCCUUGGCCCCAGCCCUCAAUGGUGUCAGCCCAGAGCUGUCCAUGAAUGGCACCAGCUCACCGUGUUUCGACCGGGCCAACUCCAAGGGGGAGCUCCUUUCUCGCUACCUGCCCAUCUCUCCAGACCACGAGAUUGUACCCACCAUCCCUGAUGCCAGGCAGAGGCAGCAAGGUUCCUCCCACGCUCUUCCUGAUUACACACGCUUCUCCCCUGCCAAAAUUGCCUUGCGGAGGCACCUUAACCAGGACCCCACUGCUUCUGCUCACUUGAGAGGCCCAGGGCUGAACACACACAGGGAUUUGGGUGGCAUUAACUCUCCGCUUGGAGCCAAACUGAACUGCCCCUCUCCCAAUGCAUCUGAUGCCCAGAAUAAAGGCUUCGAGAGGGGUGGUAAGGAGAGGAGCCCAUCUGUUCAGGGUGACAACAGCAUUACGAGCCUUCCAAUAAGUAUCCCUCUCAGCACUGUACACCCAAGUAAACUACCAGUCAGCAUCCCACUAGCCAGCGUGGUGCUGCCUAGUCGUGCUGAGAGACUGAGAAGUACUCCGAGUCCUGUGCCUCAGGCAGGUCAGACAAAUGGAUAUUCAUCCAGCUCAGGACUGAUGAAUGGUGGUCCCCAUCCUGAGGACCACAAUGGUGCUUCUUCAUCACCUCCUCCACACCCCAACACUCCUCUGACAGGACCAAUGGGCAGAGGAGGUCCCAUCCAGAGCCCACCGCUCAGCACUGGCGGGGUGCUCCAGUAUGCAGACGGACCCCCAAGGAUUCUUCCAGAAGACGGACAGGAUCGCCAAGGAGGUGAAUCUGACACGGAGCCCCAGGACAGUGAACUGCGUAGGAGAAUCUUCUUCUCUUCUUCCUCUUCUUCCUCCUCGUCUUCCUCUUCGUCAGGCAGUGGAGGCAGCACGGCCGGAGGAUCACGCCUCCACCAUCACACUGGCAACAAGCAGGGAUACCACAGUAACCAUGGAAACCACCACCACCAGUCUCCCGGCACACAGCACACUCAGACGCCCACGCAUAUUUCGUCAUCGCACUCCUCUCAUGGCCUCGGCUCUCAAGAGGGACGUAAGCGGGGGAGAAGGAAACGCAGCUCUACGGUGGCUGUCAACGCCAGCGGAUCCCCAAAGAGGAGGUCGUUCCCUGGGCUCAGCUCCAACAACCACUCCUCAGGAUCGCCACUCAACAUCAACUCCAUGGUGAACAACAUCAACCAGCCACUGGAGAUCUCUGCCAUCUCCUCCCCAGAACAAUCAAGCCGCAGCCCCAGCGGGCCUGACCUGGACCAGCCUCCCAUCUUAAAGAGAGAGCGCCCCCUGGAGCUCAAUGGCACAGGUCGUUACUCCUCGGCCCCCAGCUCUGAUGACGAGGACUCAGGAUACCCUGCCGACAGCUCCAGCUCGCGAAUUGAAAGAAAAAUUGCCACUAUAUCCUUGGAGAGCAGAGAUGGACCUGGCAGACUCGGGGAUGGUGAAAGAGUCAGGAAGUCUGGUAGCAGCAGUGGUAACAGCACAGGCAGCGAGGCCUCCUCUUCGUCCUCUUUGUCCUCCACCAGCAAGUGGAAAUCCACCUUUUCUCCCAUCUCUGACCCCAAGCAGCCCAACUCUGACCUAAGACAGGGGGGCUCUCCGUUCGGCAUGGGUGGGUCGAGCCGGGGCACGGACUCAGAUUCUGACCACAAGCAACAGCAUCAGCAGGUGAGGAAAGGAAGUGACGGAGAGUCGUCCAGCUACAUGAACCCCAACCCCUUCCUCAGUCAGGAGGCAGGGCCCCGGGGUGGAGGUGGCGGCGGUGGUGGUGGUGCCCAGGGCGGCAGCGGCUCAGACCAACGCCAGGCCCUCCAGAAACAAAAGGCCCCACGGGACUGGGAGCUGAAGACGAGCAGUAGCCUGGCCAGUCAGAACCUCUUCAUAUCUGCUGCAGCCAACAGCGGAGCGGGUAUUCUGAGUGGGAAGGUGGGGGGCAGUCCUGUAGCAGUUUCCUCGACCACAGGAUCCUCUGUGGGACAGUACCUGGGGUCUCAGUUCCCGCUUGGAGGGACCUCAGUCUUACAAUCGUUGUUCGGGGCCCAGACAGGCGGAUCCACGGUGAGUGGGACUCCGAGGCUUGUCAACGGACACUCUGCCCUGGGAAGCUUCUCCAGUGCUGGGCUGGCAGGGGGAGCGGCUGGAGGUAUAUUUCACCACGUGGUUCCCACAGUGUCCUCCCAUCAGUUUGGGGUGACGCUGCCCACCUCUGGAGGCCUCAGCUCUCUGCUCAGUCUCUCCUCCUCUUCCUCUACCUCCUCCCAAACCCAGCAGCACACCACCCCCCAACCAGCCUCCACGCGCCUGGCCUCUGCGUCCUCACCUCUCCCCCACUCCCUGUCCCAGGCCCAGCACAGCCGCACCCAGUCAGUCCUGCAUAGCCCCUCUCCUCCCACGCUCACCUUGCCCCCUCCUCCACCCCUGCACAGCACCUCCUCCUCCGCACCCACGCACUCUGACGCCCCGCCAUCAUCUCGAUCAGACUCCCUCCACUCCUCCCGUCUGUCCCACUCUUCUCUCCACCACCAGAGAGCACAGUCAUCCCUCUCCAUCUCCUCCUCCACCUCUGCCUCCACUGCUUCUGUCUCUGCUGCUGCUGCCGCUACUGCUUCCCUCUCCUCUUCCUCUCUGUCAACCUCCUCCUCGUCUCGUCCAUUCGCAGUGCACUACUCCCCCCGGCUGCCCCCUCCAACACAGGUCAGCAGCUCAGGUGGUGGCGGGAGCAUGUGGAGGACUCAGGGCAUGCAUGGUACCUACACUACCUCCCAGCUCCCUGGCUCCCGACCUAGAUAGGGUUUGGGGGUGAGGGGAAGGGGGAAGGAUGAAGAGGGGAAGGGCGAAGGGCAAUAAGAAGGUGGAAAGAGGGAGAGAAUGAGAGAAAGAGACUGGUAGGGAGUGAGAGACACAGGAUACCUGUUUUUCAUUUGCUCCCACAAGCUUUUGUUCUGAUUGAACAAGGUAAUUGUUGAAAACUACCUCAAAACUAAAUAAACUAUGCAAAUGUCCAGGUGUGGACCAAGGCACUCUCCUCACUCACUGGUGCUUCGUAACGUCUGCACUACCCAACCGCCUCCAAGACCGGCUUCUGUACUGGGAUCUCUGAGACUCACACACACACACACACACACACACACACACACACACACACACACACACUAACCACCACUAUGGUCACCUUGAGCAGAAUUCAUAGGUACUGGUCAUGUUUCUGUGUAGAGUGUGAAAAUGUACUGGCUGCUGCUCAGCAUUGAAUGAACUUAAUUAUCAAGAUGUCUGGUUUAAAUUAAAGGUGCUCAGUAGUUUGACCGUGUGUCUCUUUGUCUUAGUCACUAUUAUAGCAACUAGCAAAAUAAUCUGAAUGAUUUAAUGUAACUUGUAAGAACAGAUUGAAGCACAUAGUCCACCUUUUUCUGAAUCUCAUCACGUGUCACGUUCCCUCCAAAGUUUCACCUCAUACGAGUGCAUGUGUCUACACACUCGAAACACACACACAGACCAGUUCAUUGAACUCUGCUCGGAUGUCAUGCAGUUUCGCCUCUCUGCAUGUAUGCUCUCUUAUCUCUGCUCUCUUCCUUCUCUUAAAUUCAAUAUUUGUUGCGACAUAUUAGAGUAUGAGUCAAGAUGAGGAACUUAGUAUUUUGGUCUAACUUCACACUGGAUAUUAAGAUACAGUUACUCAUGUAGCAGAAGAUGUGCUAUUCCUGGCCGGCUUGUUGACGCCCUUCAAAUUGUUCAUGUUGGUGAUUUACAAUAUUUUCAUGUUUAACAAAAUGAAACAUGCCUUACUUCCUGUUAAAGGGAUAGUUUGGAUUUUUUAAGUGGGGUUGAGUGAGCUACUUACCCAUAGUCGGUGUAUUAUCUACAGUAGAUGUUGGUCGGCACGCCCUUAGUUUGGAGAAGCAGACAGGAGCACUGCCACAGAAACUAAGCAAUGUACUUCUGUGGAUGGUGGCAGCAGCAAAACUUUUCAAGCUACCUAAAAAAAUCAAGAUCACUCUAAGUUCAUACUAUAUUCAGGGUAUUUUAAUGGCUUUACCUUGCUGUCAGAGAGCCAUUUCCAACAGGUAAAUGAAGCCAUUAUCGCUGCUCUAUUCAAAGAUUCCUUUUGACAAAAACAGUAAUUUUACCUCACAGACCUCGGAAGCUGCUGGUCUACAGCUGCAUCAGUCAGGUAGUUUGCUUGAGUGAUUGUGGUUCCCAGUGACUCGCAAACGUGUCAAGUUUGAAAAAACACUAUUUUCAAGUACAAUGAAUUUCUAGCAUAGAGAAUUCAUUUUGAAGUGCCGUUUCCUGCUGUAGAGUGAGUGAGUGACGGAUAGCAUCUUGACAGAGACUGCAAACUAGCUUGAUGACAUGGACAAACACAAGUAUGACGCUGAAUAUUUUUUGUGGACCUUGAACUAAUGACUAGGGAGAAAUCUGGAUCCCGUGGCUGGACCAGUUGGGAAUCACGGUUUUAAGGUUUGUUGAGAGUCACCGAAGUCACACAUUAACACAAACAGAGUGAUCGAGACAGCAGUAGACCAGCAACUCCUGUGUUCUGCGAGGUAAAAUUAGUGUUUUUGUGAAAGGAGAGUGGUGGCUUUGAAGAGAGCAGAGACAACAACUUUAGUUAACCAUCGAAGAGGGCCAUCUGAGGACAAGGUAAAGCAGUGGAAAUAUAGUGAACGCCAGUGUUUCUCAAAUGGUGUGCUGUGGUGCGCAAGUGUGACGUGAUGCUAAUCCAGGUGUGCCGUGGGAUUUUGUGAUAACCUCACAUUAUUUUUGCAGCAUUCCACUGGGCCUUUUCAGGAAGUUAUGAAUAAAUUUUAAUCAGCUAUUUCAGUAUGUUGUACACAGCCGUUCCCCAAUAAAGAGGCAAAAAAAAUGUAAUUUAAUUUCACCUCACCUAACCGUCACAGGGAACCUAUUUGUCACUGUUUGUUCAUUGGUUUGGUGUGGUUUGGUUUGGUAAUUUUAAGUGUGUGAUAUAUCAGAAGCCCUGAAUGGCAGCCAGUGUGAGGGAUGAUAACAAUUAAAAGGAGAAAGCGCUUUAUUGUGCAAAGAAAAUUACAACAAAGCCCCGGCAAAGACGACCUACCACCGAAAGAAAAGAAAAAGUAGACAGUAUCACAAAAGCUACUUGUCUUCUUUUUUCUGUAUUUAUUGUCUUACGUUGUGACAAGAGUGGUAACACAGGUUACAGAAGCUAUUGUGCACAGAUAUGAAUACAGGUGUGCCUUGAGAUUUUGGCUUGCCCUUUAACUGAUAAAGAUUUUUUUAGGCGGCUUAAGUACGUUUUGCUGCUGACCCCAUCCACAGCAAUACAUUGCUUCGUUUUUGUGGUGGUACUCCUGUCUGCUUCUCCAAACUUAGGGUGUAUCAUUUGGCUUCUACUGUGUGGAAGACGCUGACUGUGGAUAUGUACCUCAUACAACCCCACUUCAAAAUAUCUGAACUAUGCAUUGAGUCUCUUAACUGAAAAGCAAAGUGGUACCACAAUCAGAAAAUGGUUCUGGUUGUGUCUUUUUAACUGGAGCAAAAUCAGUUAAAGUCACAUUAUGAGUGAUGAAUAUAGUUUUUCUAAUAUCAGAUAUUAAACAUAUCAGUUAAGGUUCUUUGUUUACGUCAAAAAUUAUAUUUUCAGUGUUUUGUGACAAUAAUCAGGCGGAUUUAACGUUCUCUAAAUGAACUGAAGAACAUCAGUGUGUUUUAAAGUGUGAACACAACAAUGAUCUGAUUUCAGACUAAUUUGAGAAUACGGUGAAUCAGCAACAUUUCAGCAGGUGCCAAUGACUCCGAGCCGAGUGCAAUUUCAUUUGUUCAAAGGAGCCCAUGAAAUUCAUAAUGAGAUGGUGCUAUGUCGACAUUGUCAGCCGCUUUGUGUAUUUAUUAACAUUUCCUUCUUCCGUCAUUUUGCUAAAUCACACUACCAUGUGGGAACGCAGCCGAAAUACCCUUUACAGCAGGAAUUUUUAACUCUUCUUAAACUAAACGUAUUUAUGUCUGCUGUCAGGACACGCAGGUGUAAGCAAAUACAAUGUGGACACAUGUAUGUGGGACUACACUGCAUACAGUCAGUACAAACACACGCACACACUCAUGCAUGCAACUCCUCCUCACACACUGAGAAAUCAAUGAACCAUAACCACAACAAACUACUGGACUCUCUUCACGCCUUUUUGUUUUCUUUUUUUUUUUAAUUGUGUAAUUUGUUUUUAUGUAAACAAUGUCUGUACUGUGAAUGUGAUCCAUUCUCCGACUGUAUAGUUGUGUAUAAUUUAGAUUAUUAUAUUUAUGCUGUCAGUGUCUCCAUUUGCCUUGGUAUUUGUUUUUCUCUUUUGUUUUUUAAUCCUGAAAUGUGUUGACGUUGUAGAAUGCAAUAGCGUGUGUACUUGACUCACAGUCUGAAAACAAUGGUGCUAACUUUGGACUGUACCUGAUCUUAUUUAUUCUGUCGUGAAAACAUCACAAACAAAUGGAAUACUUGGUGCUGUACACAGGGACAUUUGUAAAAGCCAUUUUCUGGCGUUUCCUUUCUCAUAUUUAAUAUGCUAUUGUCUGGUUCUCUGAAUGCCUCGUGUACAACUGUGGGCACCACCCUUCGAUAAAACUACUCUGCAACAGCUGGCUCAGAGGUGCAAGGAACUCUGUUUCUCACGCCACGGUUUAAAACAGAAGUCGGCUGCUUAUCUGUUAGUGAACAAGACACACUGUUUUUGUAUAUAAGUUUUUGUUUUUCCUUGUAUGUCUCUCCAUCAUAAACAGAAAGGUAUAUAAAAUAUGUAUCUAUACAGUCUAUAUAUAUGAGUAUAUAUAUAUAUAUAAGUAUAUAUAUAUAAGUGAAUAGAGGCGCUGGCAUUGUGACCUUAACUCAACCUGUUAAACAGGAGACUUGAAGCCAAGGAGAGUGAAGCAUUGCCACCACAGGACCUUAACAGAUGGUGCCUAACAACAUGGCGGCACAACAGCACCUGGAUCCUUGUGACACACCACAAAGCUGUGUGUAUUUUAACACAGACAGACAACGGUGCUGUGGCUUGAACAGAUUCCAGCACUAGAACUGUCUUCACUUUUAUCAGAUGUUUUCUUUUGUUUAUUUUUAUUUUGUACCAACCCAGAUCCUGCAGGAAAAAAUGGUGCUUCUGUUUCCAAACAAUGGCAAUUCAGAUCUUACAAACAAAAAUCUUCACUGGUGCAUACAGAACUACGUGUCAACCUCUUACACACACUGUCUGUCUUUAGCUGUCUCACAGACAAGGCCCUACCUUGUAAUGUGAGCGUAUCGUGUCACUGCAGAGACACGCUGACGUAGAGCUCUUGUGUUAGGAUGUGUGUGCAUCACUUUUGACGGGAGUGAGAGCGGCCAAGCUUUCUUUUAUUCUCAGAUAGUGGGAAUACACGUAAGCUCAGUUUGUGUGUGUGUGUGCUUUUUCCUACUUGCCGGUGCAUAUCUUAAGGGAAGAUUAGACUAAUAAUCAAAGCUUUAUUGUAAACUCCUGUCCUGUGCACUCACACAUGUGUGUCUCACCUGUGAGUGUUCACGUGAAAAGAAGAGAAGUCAUUUUAGAUCAUAAUUAGAGACUAUAGUCUAUUUGUUACCAGCACUGAGAGGUCUUUUGUAAUUAUUGUUGAUGCUGUUUUAAUUUUCUUAUUCUUGGUGUUUGAUACAAUUGCAGUUACAUGUUAUGCUUUUAAUGGUGUCUUCAGAUUCCUGUCGGUUUUUAAUACUACUAGUCAGACAGACAGCACGGUGCUAUCCUUCACUUAAAACAAGGAAAUUGCAGCUAUUGAUAAAUACUACUCUUCUCCUGUUGUGCUGCAGGGUUUUAUGGUUUAAUAAUCUUCAACACGAGCUUGCCUGGCGGCUUUCUGACGGUCCGGUUUAACCUACGGAAAUUUCUCUAACCUGGAGUUGCUGUGCGGUGUGUAUGUGUCAGUGAGAAUAGCUCAUGGGAAUGACAAAACAUUAACGAUCAUUGCAGAUUUCAACCAGUUUUGUAGCUACUUAUGUAAUCAGUCAAAGGGAUGAGGUGCUGUUAUUCAAGUCCUUUGGCGUACGAGCGUGAUUUGAAUCAAAGCUUCUAUGCAGUUCUCCGUCAACGUCCAUCCUGGUACAUUAUUAAUAAUCUGUGAGAGCUUUGCAGUCGAGGCUGUUUACUCUAAAUCCUGCCAAAGGUCUUAACUCAGGAACUUCCCAGAUGGCUUGAAACGAUGUAAACAAUUUUCUUAAAACUACUGCAUGUCACAGAUUUAUUCACCAUCGUGUGACAUCAUGAAGUCCCUUUCUAACCCAACUCAGGACCCAGACCACCUCUCAGCAAGUGAGGUCAAAUUAAAAAGUCUCAGAUUCUCGCUGUCACAUACACGCAGGCGUCUCCAGUGGAAUCCAGCUUUAUGAAGCUUUACGAGUCCAGAAGCUGUGAAAUGGCUACAACUUUCAGCAUCUUCCUCAUCUCACAAAUGCCUCUGUCUAGAUUUGUGUCUCCAAAAGAAAGAGGUUCACUGUCCUCUGUUUGGGGGAGUCUCCUCACACACAGGACACGUGUGACCUGCAGUAUGUGUACAGUGAUCUCUGAUCGGUGAAGCCAGGGCAGGUUUGAGGUGCAAUAACGGCAAACCUACUUUCCAAAAAGCCCUGGGUUUUCAUGAAUUGUUACUGUUCGGUGUUGGUGCUUUUAUCCUAAGAUGUUAUAAUGAAACAAAUGGAAUUCAUGUUUUUCCCCCCUGCGUUUUAUGAUUAUUAAUAAAAAUGUUUCAUAUAAUAUUUGAAUUAA